UUAUUAUCCGUUUCAGUUCGUUAAACUUUUAAAAUCAAAAGAAAUUAAAUUUCUUGUAGACUUUUUGCUUUUUUCAUAAAAUUAGACUUGAAGAACUAUGUGUGAAAUUAAUUUGCAGCACGCUAAUCAAGAAGAAAUGGAAGGAAAUUAUAAAGAGCAGCGUUCACCUGAUUGUAGUCAAUGUCUUAAAUUGAAAAAUGGUGCAUCAUUAAAUGGUGAUUACAAUUUAUGCAAACAAUCAUCAUCAUCCUUAUUUGAAGAAAUUAGAACAGAUGAACAUCAAUCUAAAUUUUGUCCAUGCCCUAAGAAAUGUCGCAUGCCAAUGUGUUCACCAUUUUUUAAUAAGUAUAUUCAACCACCUCGCCAAACAAGCUGCAAGCCAAUAGUUUGCUAUCAAAAACCAACACUUUCUUUUGCUAAUGAGACAAUAUAUAAGAAAUCAUUUGAAUGUAUUGAUCCAAACACUGCUGCUUCCUGUCGACUUCCAAUAAUUCAGCCCAAAAGUUUCUUAAAGAGUCCUGAUUCUGCUUUUGAGAAAGAAACUAUUAUGAAGCUUUCAUUUCCAUCAUAUUGUGUCUUGGACCGUGCGAAACCAAUCAUUCCAAAAUCUUCAUCUCUCUUGGGUGUCGGAUUUAUGCAAGAUAUGACAACUCAAAAGCACGAUUUUGUUCCUAAAUUUCAAUAUCGUCGUUUGAAAAUUCUACCAAAAGAUAAUAUUAAGAAACUUUGUGGAUGUAUCGAAAAAGAAACCACUCAACGACUUUCAUUCAUGCCAACAUGUGUAGUUGAUAAACGAGAAUCUUUUAAGCCAAUGAUAGCGUAUAAGAAAUCUGAAAUUCCAAUGGAGUUUCAAACGACUCAAAAGUUAAGCUUUUUGCCAACUUGUCCAUCAGCUCGUGAAGAAUUUCCAUGGGCGAAAAAGGCAAAAUAUCAACCACCAUCAAUUGAAUUUGCCAAAGACACUAUUACUAAGCUUUCAUAUUUAGCUCCAGGAUGUUUCAGAGACGAACAAUUUUCUAACUUGAUGCCACCACAUAUAGAAUGUUAA